GGUGCUUAUCGAACACUCAACGUAAAUAAUGCCAUCGACAGCUGAGAACGGUCAUGGGGUGAGCGAAAGCACCAGUACAAAAAUUCUGCAAGACAUUGGUUUGAGUUUGAAUGCAACAUCAACGUCGGAAUGGAUAACUGGCGGUCCCGUCGGCACGAGAAGUGCGGUUUUAGUGUUCAAAACGUCAGCUUUGAUACGGAACAUACAAGACGACGAUGAAUCCGAUGAUUCACCAAACGCAUCAACAUCGUCAAGCGAAAAGUGUCGUUUUCCACCUGUUGCCGAUGCAAAAUCCACAUCACCAGCAAUACACGAAUCGGUGAAGCGGCUCGUUGCGCCCAAUUUCGACAUAUAUCGCAAGUGUAACGUUAAACCAAGCGGUUCGGUGUCAUCGUCAAGUGAAAAUUCGAUAUCAAGUGCCUGUGAAGAUCCAUCUGAUUUUGAAGCGGACAUCAUCAAAGCGGAAAAAUCAUGUUCGAACGAUCGAAAAACGAAUCGCUUAACUGCUGAUCUUACAAAAUCCGGAUUUAGCCCCGAUGAUGGUGAACAUGAGUUAAAGGCUAAUCCACCGGCUGAUGCAAUCGACGAUGCAUUCACAUCGAUCAAUGAUAUGCCGGCCGCUAUGCUUAAAAUGACCUAUAAAUUUACCAAUACCGAAACGAAAUUAUUAAAACGAAUUUUAUCUAGUCAUGGAUUGAAAGAGGCUAAAGAAUAUGAGAAAUUUAAUUUAUUAUGGACUGGCCUUCACAUGAAACCAGACAUCCUUAGAAGUUUACUGCCCUAUCAACGAGUUAAUCAUUUUCCUAGGUCUUAUGAAUUAACGCGGAAGGAUCGUUUGUAUAAAAAUAUCGAGAAAAUGCAACAAUUGCGUGGCAUGAAGCACUUUGACAUAGUGCCGAUAUCGUUUAUGUUACCGUUGGAAUACCGAGAUCUGGUGCAUGCACAUCGAUCGGGGCACAAAGGUCCGUGGAUUGUCAAACCGGCUGCAUCGAGUCGUGGUCGUGGCAUUUAUUUAGUGAAUACGCCCGAGCAAAUUCCGACCGACGAUCAAGUCAUUGUUUCGAAAUACAUCUCUGAUCCGCUGUGCAUCGAUGAGCAUAAAUGUGAUGUUCGACUGUAUGUGGUGGUAACAUCGUUCGAUCCAUUGGUCAUUUACCUUUACGAAGAGGGUUUAGUGCGUUUGGCUACCGUAAAAUACGAUAAAACAGCUGAAAAUCUAUGGAAUCCCUGCAUGCAUUUGUGCAACUACAGCAUUAACAAGUAUCAUUCGGAUUACAUCAAAGCAACUGAAAGUGAUGAGGAUGUUGGUCACAAGUGGACGUUUAGUGCACUUCUGCGACAUCUCAAGAAUCAGGGGAAUGAUACGACGCAAUUGAUGCAGGCCAUCGAAGACGUGAUCAUAAAAUCAAUUUUCGCCUGUUCACAGUCGAUUGUGUCGGCGUGCAAAAUGUUUGUGCCAAAUCAAAACAAUUGCUUCGAACUCUACGGUUUCGAUAUACUCAUCGAUAAUACGCUACGGCCGUGGUUGCUUGAAGUAAAUCUGUCGCCUUCACUCGGAAUCGACACGCCGUUAGAUACAAAAGUGAAGAGCGCCAUGCUCACCGACCUAUUGUCACUUGUGGGUGUACCAGCGCAAAGUCCGUCAGCAUCUCGGACUGCGGCUGAUGGAAAACUUCGUUUCAAGAGUCCGGCUGGUUCGGUGCCAGCAUCGGGUCGUCGACCAUACGUUGAAAUGAAAACAACAACUGCCUUUGGUGCAAGUAAGCGUCUCAAUUUGGGGCUGUCAGCUGAAGAGAAUCGAGUUCUGAGAAAUGUGCGGGCACAGCAUUCAAGACGCGGCGGAUUUAUUCGAAUUUUUCCCACACAAGACAGCAUGCAACGCUACGGAAUGUUUUUGGACACACACACCGGCAUUCCGAUGUCAAUCGUAAAUGGGAUUAGCAUGGCACCAGUUUUAACGAAUCACAAUUUCAAUUUGAUGCUUCACUCGCAACUGUACAGUGGAAUUUCGUCCGACGAAAAUAAUAUUGAAAUGCGAAUGAAGCAAUACGAACGAACGCUUGUCACCACCAAUGUUGACCAGAUAUUCAAAAGUAUCCCGGUGAAAAGUCAUCAUCAAGCGCAACAUUUGCGAAAGCAACUGCAAAAAGCCAUGGAAAAUGGCAAUGAAUUAACACUGCUGCAAGCUCGAAAGAUAUUCUCGUUGUAUAUGGAGUGUGUGCUCAAGCGGUUGAGUCAAGACAGUCGCGCCGAUACGAAGAAUCAACACGAAAAAUUCAUCUUGAAAUUCAUUACGCGAUCGGAUCUCACUAUAAAGCCGCCAAGUUUCAUGCGACAUCCCAAUGCGAGUAAGAUUCAAAGCAAGGAUCGAACGGCGAUUGUGGCCAAAUUGCUUGGCGAUUACUUGGAGGCAUUCGAUAAAGAUACAGAAUUAUGUGUCGACAAUUACAGCUAUUAUGGCUUGAUUUCGAGUCAAUUGUUUGACAAAUUUAUAGCCGAAGCAUCGGAAUCCGAUUUGGAAUUUAUACUCACGUUGCAUGUGAAUCUCACGCAGAAUUUAUCAUUUUUGUACAAUCGAUGCACAUCGCAGUCGAAUAUGCCAACUGCGCCACCCAUUCCAACCGGUGCCAACGGGUUUUUGAAAGCCCUACCUAGCAUGACACCAAAUAUAUCAACACGAGACCUAGCCCAAAUCGACUCGUACUAUCGCUCCCUGUGUCCGGUCUCAUCGAGCAUCGAACGUGAUCUUAGCUGCGAACACCUCGAAAAAAUCACAACGAACCGCAUUGGCAACGCGUCCUUGUAUCCAGCCAAAAAACGAACCAGUGUCGCAUAAAACGCCACAAGUUCGAAAGAAUGAAUGUUGUUCUUGUAUUAUUUUGCCAAGUGCACAUGUUAAAGAUUGAGAUUUAAAUGUCACAAAAGGUAACUACCAUUUCUGUCGUCGACAUGAAAUGUAGGUACUACAACAGAAGGAAUGGAAAAAAUCAAAUACACCAAAAUCAGGGAAGAGUUGUUUCUGCACACAAUUAUUUUUAUAUUCAGCAGAAACAAAACGCUUAGUUUGUAUAUUCGUUUUAAUGGCUAAUUUAUUUUAUUUAAACAAAACACACACACGAAAGUUAUCGAGUUAUUGCUUAUUUCUUUUUUUAUAACUUUUAUUGUUCAAUAGAGAAUGUAUACAUUCCGCUUCAGUUUGCUUCGUUGCAAGACCAAAGGCUUUCAAGCAAUUUCGUUGUUUUCUGCAUUAAUAAAAAAAAUCCCUCAUAUACUCCAUA